GGCAAAUUAAAGAGGCUGGUUGAUAUCUAAAAAAAAGCUACACCAUUUUUUUCUUUUACAAGGAAAACGUUACACCAUCAACCAUUUGACGAGAAGAUGAAAAAGAAAGAAGAUGAUUCAUCAGUAGUUAUUGUUUACAUUUGACAAAAUCAUCACUUUCGCAAUCAUCAAUCCUGGAUUGGGUUGAGAGGAAAACAACAACAACAGCAGCAGCAGCAGCAGCAGCAGCAGCAGCAGCAGCAACAAGGAACAACAACAAGUUGUGCAGGUUGAAGGUGGGGGAAAGAAUGAAGAGGGAUCGCGUAAUAGAAGAUGUGACCAUAAUCGGAGGGUUAAUUGGAGUUCAGUUUGUGUAUGCAGGCAAUUCCGUAUUGCUUAGUCAUCUCAUGUCUCUUGGCCUUAACCCUUUCACCAUUAUCAUCUUCUCUACUUUUGCCACUUUCCUCAUUCUCUCCCCCAUCGCUCUCUAUUUUGAGAGGAGUAAAUGGCCCAAGAAAUUCAGCUUCAAGCUCAUCAUUCAGCUUGUCCUCAUAUCCUCUGGAGGAGUAACUCUGUUCCAGUCUCUAUUGCUGAAGGGAAUCAAGCUAACUUCACCAGCAAUGGCAACAGCAAUGCCGAACCUCGCUCCGGGCCUUAUUUUUGUAAUUGCGUGGACCUUAAGAUUAGAGAAAGUGAAACUGAGUUGCAAAUACAGCAAAGUGAAGAUAGUGGGGACAAUGGUGUGCGUGGGAGGGGCUUUGACAAUGAGCAUAAUGCACAGCGCUACAACUGCAACAACCGCAACCAGCCUCAUCACAUCCACUCCCCCAACAACUCAUGAUGUUUUCUUCGAUAAACACAAGUUCAUCGGCUGCUUAUAUCUCCUCGCUGCUGUCUUCGUUUUGUCCACAAAUGUUGUUUUGCAGGCCGCAACGUUGGGGGAAUUUCCAGCACCAAUGUCGUUGUGCGCCAUAACAUCUUUGAUCGGCAUGUUUGUCACGGCGGCUGUGCAAUUUCUCCAAGACCACCGGGUGGAGACCGGUUGGCCACUUCUCAGCAUUUCCGACUUGAUUGGAUUCUCUCUCCUGGGAGGGACAGUAAGCGGAGCAUGCGUGAGCUUCAACGGAUGGGCCAUGAAGAAAAGAGGGCCGGUUUUGGUCUCCAUGUUUAGUCCCAUUGGCACUCUCUGCUCCGUCCUCCUCUCUCUUUUCACUCUUGGAGAUGCCAUUAGUCUCGGAAGCCUUGCGGGCAUGUUCCUCAUGUUUACGGGGCUGUAUUUCGUGCUAUGGGCAAAAGGCAAAGAGGGUAACAAUGGCAGCGACGACGACGGUGAUGGCGAUGGCGAUGGCUUUGCAAGUGAGUUCGACACAGAGAAGCCUCUCUUAAGUUGAUAUAAAAAUGAUGGUGUGGGUCCACCCUUAAGGGCUGUUUUCUUUUUUCCAUGGACUGCUCCUAAACCAUAGGGAUGAGAUGAGGUUUGCUAAUCAUUUGCAGUUUUUCUUGUUGCCAUCGGAAACAAGAAUAUGGAGUUGACCAAGAGAAGUGAGGGUAGGAGUACUUGAGGAAAUUUUGGAAUGCUUAUUGUGUUAUUUGCACAAAAUGUUGCUAACGUGUCGAUAGGAACAAUCCUCUUUACCAAUCAACUGUUUUAGGCUUCUUCUACACCAUAACCAUGUCUAGGUUUCUAACUUCUUCUUCAAGGAUCAGUAUAGUGUAACCUUUGCAAUUGCAGUUACUUUUUCU